AAGGUUACACGCAUUUCGCAAUAGUCGGCCGCGCGGGUCGACCGCGCGCGAAUUUAAAAAAAAAUAUUAAAACGAAAUACCGAAUUUAAAUGUGCUUCGAAUUUAGAAUUGUUUUUUGUUUUUUAUCUGUGCAUGGACUUUUAUUUAUCAAGAAACAAUGUCAGUCAGUAACAUGCUCCCCGAGGACAGUGCAUCUUCAGGCUCCAGCUCUGAGGACACGGAGUCAACGCCGGUCAGCGCCACAGACUCCCUGAACAGCCUGUUCAAGAACACAGACAACAAUUGCGUAGAGAACUGUAUGGAAGAAAUGAAAUGCGAAGGGGAGAAGAAGAAGGGGGUUUGUUGUAGUCCUGUCGUCCAAUGCGUUUGGGGAGUCCUGCUCAUCCUGCUAUCAGUUGGAAGCUUCAUAUUCACACCAUUAGACUUCAUGCUAUUGGAAAAACUGAAUAUGAGACCUGGUAUGCCGCCCUACGAGUGGUGGGCGGAUCCACCCGAUGAGGUCAAACUCAGAGCCUACGUCUUCAACAUCACCAACCAUGAGAGAUUCAUGCUGGGCUUGGAUGAUAAGCUGAACGUGGAGGAAAUUGGACCUGUGGUCUAUUUAGAAAAACUUCUGCAUCAGAACGUGAAGUUUAACGAGAAUAGUACGAUGACGUACACGGCGAAGCGAUACCCUAUAUACUUGCCGGAACAGAACCACAUCGACCUGAACCAGACUAUUGUGGUGCCUAAUGUAGCUGUGCUGGGUAUUCUCUCCUACCUGCACGACGCUAAUUACUUUGUGAGGACAGUUCUCCGGUCGUUCCUCAGCAUGUACCAAUCGGAGCCGUUUGUCAAGAAGACAAUUUACGAAUAUCUCUGGAAUUAUACUGAUCCUGUGCUGGACAUGUCCAAGAGUCUGGUGCCAGGGUUGGUACCGGUGAAUAAUGCUGGCAUGUUGGAUAGGAUAUAUUCAGACUUCACCGACGAGAUGACUGUAAAGGUCGGCUCCCAGUGGGGUCACAAGGAGUUCUUCCAGAUUGACAGGUUUCAUGGAGAGCCACAGCUGCCUGGAUUUGACCCUGAGGAAUGUCCAGACCGCAUCUUCGGCUCUACGGAAGGCGUGAUGUAUGCUCAGAGGCUGACGAAGGAGGAUGUGCUUCUAUAUUGGAGAAAAACCGUCUGCAAGCUAAUGCCACUGUAUUUCGAUAGUGAGCUGACAAUGCACCACGUUCCGUUAUACCGGUAUAACCUCUCCGAGAGUGUUUUCGACCGGGUCUCCAACGGUACUGAUUGCUAUGACACCGACCCUAGUCUACAUCCUGGAUUGAGUGACGCUUCUAAAUGUUACUUUAAUUUCCCGAUGGUGGUGUCUUUCCCACAUUUCUACGUGGGGGGCGUUCCAAAAGACCACUUCGUAACUGGACUGACACCAGACAGAUUUAAACACAACUCAUUCGUUAUAUUGGAGCCUUACACCGGUACUCCCUUCGAGGCAGUGGCUCGGAUGCAGAGCAACCUGAGGAUCAACGAUCUCUCGGGCUACGACGAGAAAUUCGCCAAACUGUCGAACACCAUCAUACCCUUAUUCUGGGGUGAAUAUCAUCAAGAAGGCCUGCCGUCACAAAUAAAAUGGGCAGUUUACUUCGUCACAGUAAUUUUACCGCCAUUGUCAAUAAUAAUAUCAUCAGCCAUGUUAUUAUUAGGCCUUUAUUUAAUAGUUAAACAAAUAUACAUAAAUAACCAAGAACAGGAUAGUCUAAAAUCGAUUUUAAUAUUUAAAAGUAAAAACUUACGUAAUAGCAAAAUAUUUGCAUUCGAAAAAGAAUCGUUUAUUAAAUCUAGCUAAUUUUACGCAAUCGAUAGAUUUCGCAUGUCAUUGAGUCGAUAUUUUUUAAAUAAUGCAUUUAUAUUUUGUAAUUCGGUUUAAAUUUACAAUUUAAUUGAGAUAAUAAAUAAAUAAACAUUUUUAAUUCGUAUGCAAAGAAAAUCAAAGAUGGCGAUACUUAAAUAUGUCAAACAUUUUUUUUUAUUAAUUCUAUUCCAUUUGGACAAAAAUGAAUAAAAUAAUUAGCUGUAAUUUUUAAGAGAAUCGAUAGUCUGAUAUUAUUUUCAAUCAAACUAAAUAGCUUCAGUAUCUAACAAUUUAUUUUCA